GUCAGCGUACUAUCACCAUCACAAAAAAAAAAAAAAGAAAAACGAACAUCGCUUAUUGACCAUGAACCUCAGCUCCAGGGGAAGCGACUUGCUCUUCAUUAACUUCAACCAAGACUUCAGCUGUAUUUCAGUGGGAACAAUACAUGGAUUCAAGAUCUACAAUUGUGACCCGUUCGGGAAGUGCUAUUCGAGAUCGGACAGCUCCAUAGGCAUUGUCGAGAUGCUCUUUUGCACUUCGCUUGUUGCUAUUGUGGGUGCUGGAGACCAACCAGUGUCAUCACCAAGAAGACUGCAAAUAAUCAAUACAAAGCGCCAAUCAACUAUCUGCGAACUUACGUUUCCGACCUCCAUUCUUUCAGUUAAACUCAACAGGAAGCGCCUCAUCGUUGUUUUGGAAGAUCAGAUCUAUGUUUACGACAUCAGCAACAUGAAACUACUGCACACAAUUGAGACAAGUCCCAAUCCCAAUGCCAUUUGCGCGUUGUCACCAUCUAGUGACAACUGCUACCUCGCUUACCCAUCCCCGACCCCCUCACCAACCUCGCCCUUCCAUAACAAUGGACGAGACGACUCGCAUGGACCAUCAGGGGACGUUUUGAUUUUCAACGCGCUGACACUUCAGGUUGUUAACAUUGUACAGGCACACAAGACAUCAGUCUCCAACAUUUCGAUCAACUUUGAUGGCACUAUGUUGGCAACAGCAAGUGACAAGGGGACAGUCAUUCGAAUCUGGUCCAUACCAAAUGCUCAGCGACUGUACCAGUUUCGAAGGGGUUCACAAUCAGCACGGAUUUAUUCACUUUCAUUCAAUAUGGCCAGCACGUUGCUUUGUGUUUCUAGUGAUACAGAUACGGUACAUAUCUUCAAGCUGGGAGGAUCAAGCUCCAGCAAUAACCAACGGAAUGGAGGCUUGCUGACAGGAUCCUUGGACAUGUCAAAAGGCGGAGGAGUGGCCUCGGUGAUUCGUCGACAAUCAAUGCAUUUUGGAAGAAACCUUGCAGGAAGUGUUGGUUCAUAUCUGCCAGGAGCAAUUACGGAAAUAUUUGAGCCUUCCCGUGAUUUUGCAUAUCUGAAAUUGCCGAGCGCAGGAGUGCAGAGCGUUAUUGCAUUGAGCAAUACGACGCCACAGGUCAUGGUCGCAACAUCAGAUGGAUAUCUUUACCAGUAUAACAUCGAUCUUGAGAAUGGUGGACAGUGUGUACUUUUGAAACAAUAUAGUUUACUGGAGUCAUCAGAGGAAUCAAAUGACCUCCAUGACCAAAAACCCCGAUGAAAAGAGUAACAGCACUGAUGUAUAUAUUACAAGUGCAAUCCAAUGUGCGUAAAC